GUCAUUGCUGACGGCGUUCUCCCGAUGCGUUUUCGCGGUUUUGCAUUUGUUUGUUUUGAUUCUGUAAAAGACGCGAAAUUUAAGAAUUACGGUCUUUUAGCACUCAAAUAGAAUUCGUAUAGCUAUUUAACAACCAUGUCGAUACUCCUCACCGAGUUGGAGUCGUUAAAAUUGGAUAGUCUCGAUGAAGACUGGGUGGAAGCUAUCCAUCAUUCAGAAUUCCUCGAAAUAGUUGAAUUUCCUGCAGAAUAUGAGAGUGCCAUCGAUUCUGUUAACAUGAGAUCUGUUUUUCGAAAUAUUAUGAAGGCAAUUUACAACUGGCUGCAAUCGGAUGAUGGGGAUGAGGAUAAAUCUUGGGCGGCUUUGUCUCAAAAAGUUCGACAUAAGGAGCUGCUGACUGUCCUCGCUUUCUACAUUGACUAUGGAACUAAAAACGUUCACACCAAAGAUUACAGGAACAACGCGCUCCUUGCAUCCCGUGUGUACUAUGCGCUGCUGUCUAUACCUGGUUUUAAGGCAUACCACAUCUACCACGCUCAGUUGUUCACACACUCUCUGGCCUGUCUCAGCUUCCCGCGGGAGAUGUGUGAGAAAGAUGAAAAUUAUUACAACACUAAAGAGUUGACACAUGAAGUAAAUUCAGUCAUUAAGGAGCUUCGACCCUAUGUACAAGAUCUGAAGUCCGUAGUGGAUAAGUUACAUUUGAAGCCCACAGACAUGAAUUUUGAAGAGAUCUUGAGUAAUCUAGUUGAUAUAACAGGUGGUGCAAUUGUCAAUAAACUUAACAUAGACAAGAUAGAGCUUACAAAAAUAUCCAGAGUGAUAUAUGUGAUGAUCGACACUCUGCUGCAAGAGCCAACCGGAGAACCGAAUGCUGUGGCCAUCAGGCUUCUGUUCAAGUGUUUGCUGCCUAAACUAGUCGCUGCUUCUGUGGACUGCAGGAAUGCUAAUAAUUUAGUGCGAGCAUCCUAUGUGACCUACUCCGGGUUGAUCUUGACAAGGUAUGGUCCAGCAGCAGUAUCUGGGUUCUCUGUCCUCAUCCAGCAUCUCUGCUAUGCUCAGGAUGGUCUGGAGCGCGCGGAAGUGCGUGCGGCGCGAAUGUCGCUAGUGGUGGGCCUGAUGAGCCUGCUGCCGCGCCGCGCCUACAGAGCCACCGUGUCGUGGCUGCUCACACUCAGCGCCACAGCCAAGGUCGCACACCGGCAUAUUGCUAUGGAAAUAUUAGCCAACCUGUUGAAUAAUGAACCAGAGAAAGUAACAGAGCAGCCCGGGCCAAACCCAGAACCAGCCCAAAAUGAAAACAACCCCUCGAGUCAAAACGAAACCAACCCCACAAGCCAAACUGAACCAGAACCUCAAGAAAAGACAACAGCUGACAAUGAAACAACAGCUGAAGUUGUACCAGCCAGUAACACUGAACCAUCAGACAAUGUUGGCGAAACCUCCACUACUGGAGCAGAAACAGAAAAAGAUGAACCAGCCAAAGUAUCUGAACCAAUGGUUGAAGGUGAUCAAGACCCCACAGUUGGAUUAGAAUUGGAACCUUUAACACUUAAUAAUUUGAUAGACGACACUUGCCCAGAAUUUGUAGCUGAAACUACUAGUGGAAAUGAAGAAAUAACGGAUCCUGUAGCCAGUACAAGUAAAAAUGAUGAUAAUAGUGAGAUCCCUCCUUCAAAUGCCACUGCUAAAGAAACAGGCGAUGAGAAUGCAGAACCUCCAACACCAGUGGAAGCGCCUCCGGAGGCAGUAACUAGUGUGGAGGUGACCUCGGAAACCACCGACGACGCCAUGAGAACAGACGACGACAGCAGCCAAGACAUGCCCGCUGUCAUCAAAGAUGUGGCAGAAGCAGAAGAGGAAGUAGCCGGCCUACUCCGCGCGCGCCCGCACACCAUCCCUCAUCUCUCAGUGCUACGGGCUCUGCUGGCGCGCUGCGACGACGCGUCGGGCACGCUGCGGGCGCGCGCUCUGAGUGCGCUCGCCGCCGCGAUUGAGAGCCGGCAGCCCGCCGUGCAGCGAGCACUACAGGAGCUGAACUCGGGCGGCGAGAUCCCGCGCCUGGUAGCGUUGGCAGCGCGCUGCGUGAGCGACGAGCGCGCGCUGGUGCGCCGCGCCGCGCUGCUGCUGCUGCUGACGUUACUUACUACUGACGAGGCCAACGUCACGGACACUAGUCUUGGUGUCCUAGUGAGUCUGUGCCGCGACGCGUCAGUCAUCGUCCGCUCGGUGGCCAUAUCUUCCCUGGGCACGCUAGCAGCGCGCUGGGGCCGCCCCGCCACGCUGCGCGCGCUGCUGCAGGGCCCGCUGCUGCAGCUGCAGGACCCGGAGACCAAGGUACAGUCGGCUACACUAGCAGCGCGCUGGGGCCGCCCCGCCACGCUGCGCGCGCUGCUGCAGGGCCCGCUGCUGCAGCUGCAGGACCCGGAGACCAAGAUACAAGAGCAAGUGACAACCCUAGUGCAGUCGCUGCUGUUCGAACGUCUGCACAAGUACAGACCUGGCGGGUGCGACGACCUCAUCCCCUUCAUGUUCCUGGACGCCAUAGUGAGCCUCAACAUGCGCAGACACCUGCAGAAGGCAUGCGCUAUGCUGGUGAAGACCGGGAAGUGUAUCAACCACCGCAUCAUAGACAUCCUGAGCACGCACCUCGGCGCAGUCGACGACGCUCGCGACCUGCAAACCCUCGUGCUACUGACGAGUGUAGCUCCCCACACCACCUGCGAGCAGCCGGCCUUCCUGCGCCAGUACCACCUGCGCCUUAUGCAGGACCUCAAGAGCCGCGACUCCCGCCUUCUCCCGCUGACCAUAGAGCUGCUCUCCUCCUGGUCGAGCUGGAUCGUGGGCGCCGAGCGCGUGGAGCUGCGCGCGCACCUCAUACGCGCGCUGGGCACCGCGCAGGAAGGAGUCGACUGUGAGUUGCUCCCUCUCUCCAUAGAGCUGCUCUCCUCCUGGUCGAGCUGGAUCGUGGGCGCCGAGCGCGUGGAGCUGCGCGCGCACCUCAUACGCGCGCUGGGCACCGCGCAGGAAGGAGUCGACUGUGAGUUGCUCCCUCUCUCCAUAGAGCUGCUCUCCUCCUGGUCGAGCUGGAUCGUGGGCGCCGAGCGCGUGGAGCUGCGCGCGCACCUCAUACGCGCGCUGGGCACCGCGCAGGAAGGAGUCGACUGUGAGUUGCUCCCUCUCUCCAUAGAGCUGCUCUCCUCCUGGUCGAGCUGGAUCGUGGGCGCCGAGCGCGUGGAGCUGCGCGCGCACCUCAUACGCGCGCUGGGCACCGCGCAGGAAGGAGUCGACUGUGAGUUGCUCCCUCUCUCCAUAGAGCUGCUCUCCUCCUGGUCGAGCUGGAUCGUGGGCGCCGAGCGCGUGGAGCUGCGCGCGCACCUCAUACGCGCGCUGGGCACCGCGCAGGAAGGAGUCGACUGUGAGUUGCUCCCUCUCUCCAUAGAGCUGCUCUCCUCCUGGUCGAGCUGGAUCGUGGGCGCCGAGCGCGUGGAGCUGCGCGCGCACCUCAUACGCGCGCUGGGCACCGCGCAGGAAGGAGUCGACUGUGAGUUGCUCCCUCUCUCCAUAGAGCUGCUCUCCUCCUGGUCGAGCUGGAUCGUGGGCGCCGAGCGCGUGGAGCUGCGCGCGCACCUCAUACGCGCGCUGGGCACCGCGCAGGAAGGAGUCGACUCUUGCCGGAUAGACUGCGCCGCGCUGGCCGCACAGUUGGAUCCAGAUAACCUGCAAUGGGCGGAUGAACUCAUGCAAAUCUACACCCGUGGCGCUUUAUCCGGCGGCGGCGCGGCCGAGGCGGUGGGCGCGGCCGACCUGGCGCUGGUGGCCGCCGCGCCGCCCGCCCCGCGCCUGCUGCAGCUGCUGCUCACCCGCCUGCAGCAGCCCGCAGGUACUACACCCUGUAUAUACACACACAGGGUGCGCUGUCGGCCGACCUGGCGCUGGUGGCCGCCGCGCCGCCCGCCCCGCGCCUGCUGCAGCUGCUGCUCACCCGCCUACAGCAGCCCGCAGACAUGGACGAAGAAUCCGAAGGCCUCACGGUGGUGGCUAUCGGGCGGCUGUGCGUCCGCUCUUCCGCCGCCGCCGCCGCCGCCGCGCCGCUGCUGGCGCGCUGCCUCGCCGCGCCGCGCCCGCUCGCGCCGCGGGUCAAUGCACUGUUUAGUGUUUGUCACUGAUAUGCUAAGAAGUAAAAUAGGUAUGGCACUAUGGCAGCCGUUACACAAAUACACCUGCAUCGUAGAACCGCUCCUGGACUGCAUCUGCAUGUGCCUGUGCCGCUCGGCCGAGCCCGCGCUGCGCCGCGCCGCCGCGCCCGCCUUAACCAAGCUGCUGCUGGCCGGCUAUCUGCGGCUCAACACGCCCUUCUACUACAGAUACUGCGCUCUACUAGCGGACGAAGAAGCCGAUGUCCGCGAACCAGCAGAGUACUACGUCACUAGCUGCCUCACUAGCGACGCCAUCUACAAGCACUUCGUGGAGUGCGUGCUGCACUACAACAAGCGCGACGCCGGCGGCGAACCAAUAUCCUUCGACUCGCGCCAGCUGAUCUACGACGUGAUGCUACAGCGCAUGUCCUUAGUCCAGAAACUGAACUUACAAUGUCGACUCGCCAGAGAAGUGUUGGAGCACGCGGCCGAUAUCUGCGAGGAGGGCGACGAGUUGCCCGACGAGUUGAACGACGCGUUGCUAGAUACGAUCACGCUGCUGUGCGGGAUACGGAUGAAACUGCCACGUAAACCUACAACGCAAGGCGAUCCGGGAGAUAUGGAAGACCUCCAAGAAAGAGUCACUACAAAUAUUGUGUCACAUAAAAUGAAGCGCACAGUGGCGGAGGUCCUCGUGCCGGCGGUGCUGCGUCUCUACGCACACAUGCGCUUGCGCGGCGGCCAGCUCGCGGCGUACCUCGUGCGCAUCGCCACCGACCUGCUCAAGGACUACCGGCAGGAGAUCGAGGAGCUCAUAGAAAAUGACGAGGAGCUCGUGGAGAAAGUGAGAAUAUUCCAAGAGACGAUAGGAGAAGAGCCAUCUUUCGGCAACACCCGGAACCUAGUGACCAGCAGCACGGCCCACGAGCCCGAGACGCCCAAGUCUAACAAGAGACGGACCUACAACAGGACCCCUAAAACGGCGAAAGCAAGCGCUAAAAGGACGCUAAGGGUUUAACGGUAUUGUGAAAAUACUUAGCAAUUUGAUUGAGUAAUGGGGUAUUAUUUUUAAAAACGAUUAAAAACCUUUUACUUACCUAGAGGCUUAUAGCCAAAAAGUUAUAGUAGGCAUAGGUGGAUGCGUCGCAAAUAAUUCUAAAUUCUUUGUAUAGAAAAUUAUAUUUAUAAAAAACAAAAAAACGCAUUUCAAGUUUCUCAUAUGUAUAAGGUGGAUGAAGACAAUGAUCAGGAAUCACUAGGUAUGGGGUAUGGGAUGUACCUAGUUGAAGUCGGCGAAACCUAUUUUCGUAGUAUACGCCGAAGUAUCAUAAUAAUAUAAUUUAUGCUAUUUCU